CAGCAUUUCGUUUUGAAAACUCAUCAAGUAAAAGUUAAACCACAGCACAUUCAAUUAAAUUAUUUAUAAAAUAUAUUUACUUCUCGUUGUUGCAUAAAAUAAAGAUCGAAAAAUAAAAAAAAAAUCAAUUAGUUAAAUUAAAAAAAUUAUUUUUCAUUCGAGAAAGAUUAAAAUUUGUCUGUUAUUCCGAAAUAAAAAAAAAGGAAACCAAAAUAACAAUAAAAAAAGGAACAACUACGAAACGAACAACUUUCUAGAGAGUCCAAGGAGUGAAAAGUCGGGGAAACGAUUUUCUCUUUCAAUUAAUUUUAUUUAGAAAAGAAAAAUAAGUGCCCCGCCGCUCCCUCACUGUCGCUUCUCUGCUGGACAGGAUUAGGAAAAUCAACAAAUUUACCUUUUCUAUAAAUUAAAGAAAAACGAAAACAAAAACAGUGCCUGCAUAAAUAAAAUAAAAUUAUAACAAUAAUAAACUUGUGCUAUUUGGUUACGAGUGGAUUUUGUCGCCGCUUAAUUUUAUUUGGAGAAUAAUCGAUUUGUUCUAGUUUAUUCCAAAUCAUAAUAACGCGCAUUUUCAAUUUGUGUUCUUACUUUUUAGUCAAGUGAUUCCUCUCUGACUCUGACUCUGACCUAAACAUUACAUCCACCGCUGCUGCCACCAAAACGCCUUCUUCUCGUAUCCUCUGGAAUUCCAUUCUGUGUGUGUAGCAUUCGCUUCGCGUAGCGUGAAGAAUAUUUUUGUUGUUCGUAGCAAAUUCCAAAGUUUUGUUUACAAAGUUUGUUUUUUGUUUUUGCGCAUUUUUUUCUCAUCCGAAUUCCUCUCGAGAGUAAGCCAAAGAGACUACCAAGUGCAGUGCAAUGAAUCUAUCGUUUGCUGGUUGUGGCUUUUUGGGCAUUUAUCAUGUUGGAGUUUCUGUGUGCUUCAAGAAAUACGCACCGCAUCUUUUGCUGGACAAGAUCGGCGGAGCAUCGGCUGGUGCAUUAUCAGCCUGUUGCUUGUUGUGCGAUUUGCCAUUAGGUAGCAUGACAUCGGAUUUUUUUCGUAUUGUAAACGAAGCACGCCGUCAUUCCCUUGGUCCAUUUAGUCCAUCAUUUAACAUUCAAACUUGCCUCUUCGAAGGACUUCAAAAGCAUCUGCCCGAAGAUGCCCACAAACGCGUCAGUGGUCGUUUGCACAUUUCCGUGACUCGUGUAUACGAUGGCAAAAAUGUCAUCAUCUCGGAAUUCAACAGUCGCGAAGAAGUACUCGAUGCCAUACUCUGUGCAUGCUUCAUCCCGGGAUUUUCCGGAUUCUUACCACCAAAAUUCCGUGGAGUUCGUUAUAUGGAUGGAGCAUUUUCCGAUAAUUUACCAAUUCUCGAUGAGAAUACCAUAACUGUUAGUCCGUUUUGCGGUGAAAGUGAUAUCUGUCCAAGGGAUCAGAGUUCACAGUUAUUCCAUUUGAAUUGGGCCAAUACGAGCAUUGAGAUAUCUCGUCAGAAUAUGAAUCGUUUUGUGAGAAUUCUAUUCCCCCCGAGGCCGGAAUUUUUGUCGAAAUUCUGUCAGCAGGGAUUCGAUGAUGCAUUGCAAUUUUUGCAAAGAAACAACUUAAUCAAUUGUACAAGAUGCGUUGCUGUGCAAUCGACAUUUGUUGUUUCGGAAUCAGUGGCUGAGCCACAAGAUUUCGAUCCAGAGUGCAGAGAGUGCAAGAAACAUAGAAAAGAUGCACUCCUUGCAAAUAUGCCACAAACUGUGUUAGAUGUCAUACAUGCUUAUAUUGAACAAGCUAACAAAGGACUAGCCAAUUGGAUAUUCAAACAUCGUGGAGUCAAGCUAUUGUCACUACCAGCGACUGUUCCAUUGGACUUCCUUUUGGCAACUGUAUCAAAAAUUACAACUUUAACACCUAAAUUGACGAGACAAAUGAUAUUAGUACUUGAAGAAUUAGUCUAUAGACUAAACAAUGCUGUUCAUGUUCGAGUUUUGAAUAAUUUGACUCUCUGUGAACCUCCUGACUUUGACACAACUGGACUAUUACAUUCGAGCAAACUCUACGGACCAAGAGUGUCGAUAUUGGUGGACGAAAUGGGAGCACCUCCAUUAGAAACUGAUGUUGACAAUUAUGAACAUGUUCUUAAAGUGACGACGCAUAACGAUGCAUUGUAUGCCUAUUAUUACACAGAUGACCUAACCAAUAAGGUCAAAGUAACAGAAAUAUUUGAAAUGACUGAAGACGAUCGAUUAGCAACAGACUUAAAUAUUUUCGAAGGCUCCGUCGAAGAUCAUCCAAAUCCUCAUCAACAUCAACAUUACGCUGUGGAAAGCGAAUGGAAUGGAAUUGAAUCAGAUUUUUUCAUUGAUAAAACUCCCAGCGAAGUUCAACAGCUACACAUUUUCGAAACCAACAAUAACAACUUAGAUCGACACAAUAGCAACUGCGAGGGAAAUACUGUCCAGAUACCAUCAGUAGCCGAAAACAAAGAAGCAAUAAUCCCAGAACGUACGACCUACGAUAUUGUCUUCGAUAUUGAUGAUCCCGAAGUGUCAAUAUUCAGUGAUCCUGAAGUUGAUCAUCACAUAGAGAUCGAAGCUGUUCGGAAGAAUUUCCAACGAAGCAGGAGUGUUAGUCAAACUAUUUUACAGCCAAAUACAUUAGAUACGACGAUAAAAAUUGAAUGAUGGCAAAGGUUAAUAUAAGAUGAUGAUACUAAGCGAUUAUAUAACUUAAGACCAUAACAAAAUUAUUUACCUGAUCAAAGUGAUCUUGUAACCAGAUGAUUAUUAUUUAAAAUUCAAAACUGAUAACUUCCUCUGCGGAAGGAAACAAAUUAAAAACUAAUGAAGAUAUUGUUUUAAAAAACACACCAGUGUGAUUAUUAUAUUUGGAUAUUAAUGUAAAUUGUAUUAAUAAAAUAUUAUGUAAUUAGAAACAGAACUACCAAAAUGAACAAAAAAGUAUUUAAACAAAUAUAUGUAGAAAUGCGGGGCAAUUUGAAUCAAAGCUCUUCCAAAGAGCUCUAAACAAAAUAUUAUGUAUAUUUUCUUUUCUUCUUCAAUUCUAGACUUUUAUUUAAACAAAAACGAAAACUAAAAACAAAAGUAUUCUUUUCUUGCUGACAUUAAUUUUUGCCUUGUAGUUAUUAAGUGAAAAGAUUAUAACUUGUAAAUGUAUAUAAUAAUAUAAAAAAUAAACAAGCUCUCUUAAAACAACACGGAUUAUGUCUCAAAACCUUUGAAAAAUUCAUAUCUCCAAAAGUUAAAAAAAAAAAAUAAA